AUGACCACUAAGAUCGAAACUCAGGAGAGGUUGGCCAAUGCGAGAAACGCAAAGAGGAUAGCUAUUCGUGAAAAUGCCAAAGCGGUAGCUGAGGAUUUGCGUAGGCAGCGUAAGCGGUCGAAUGCGUACAAGUUGGAGAAGACCGAGCAUGAUGACGAAGCUGAGCCCAAGAGCGAUUUAGACUACACGCUACAAGAAUGGAAAGAGUGGUCGGAAAAGCAUGUGAGAAAGAAUAAACUGGGAGGCUACAAGAACCUCGAGGAGCUAGCGCAUUCCACGUACGAGAAGGAAGUUUCGAAGGUGACAGUGGAUAAGGAGAAGUACACGAGCGUGAAGGAAGGCAAGGGAACAGAGGACGUUGAGAACAUGGUUCGUGGAUUAGAAGAAGCCUCUGAACGGAGAAGAAAGCGCAGAAAGAAGGGUGUUGAAGAGACAAACUCCAUCAACGAGAAGAAUCGCCAGUUCAACAUGAAGCUAGAAAGAGAAAGGGAAAACCAAAGGAGACUUUCAUAG